AUAUUUGAUUUUGAUUUUCUUACCUCUAGAUGAACUGGCGGUAACUGAUUGCACAGAAUGGCGGUUCCCAUGGCUAAUUGGAUUAUGUAUUUGUUUAGCUAUCCUACUUCUAGUGAUGCUUAUAGUUAACAUUUUCUUGUGUUCGUCGCUAACCUGUACUUGCACAAAAACAGAGGUUGUGGACAAGGAACCAUCUGAGAUGGAGGAUUAUGACCCCUAUAGAGUAGGGUGGGCUCCUAGCUCACACUAUGGAUCUCGAAACUCACUUAAUAAGCCAUACAUAUCAGGAGGUUCAACACUGAAUUCUAUUUCCCGCUCCAUGGGAUCAGGUAGUGACCAUUAUGCUAUUGUCCACUCUAGACCAAAUAGCAGGUAUUCUCAUCACUCUAGCAAAGAACCCCUCCACCGAGGUCCUGGGUCCACCCUGUCCAAUGGGCAGUACUCUUCCAGAAUUUGAUAUGGUAACUGGUUAUGUAAUAUAAAGGCCAAAUUUGUGUCAAACAUAUACCCAAGUCACAAGAUUUUGUUUCUUAUUUCACAAGAGUAACAUUUUCAAGCUGUUUUUACUCAAAUUAUGAACAAAAAAAUGCUAAGCUCUUUAAUAACUUUAUGAUCAGUAGUGUUAACCUCAAGUUUAGAUUGUCUGAGACCAGCAUUAAAAGCAUUACCAACAUGUUUUUUCAUGUUAAAGAUUAGGAUAUUGCACCGAGUCUUUGGCUAUGAAAAUAGGAUUAGUUGUGGUUACUGUCGAAACAUCUUUCUGCAAACUUCAAACUUGACCAGUUUCAACUCUCUGCUAGACACAUUCAUCAGAUGUUACAAAAUAGUUGUGUAGUUGAAACUAGUCAUAUCCAGAAGAGGUUGCAGUAAGAGUUUCGAAAGUUAACACAAAAUGAAUAUUAGAAUUUAUUCAAGGAUCACAUUGUACAGCACCAAUCAUUUAUUCAUAUGUUUAGUAAUAUCAUCUCAUUAAUCUUCAACCAGUGGUGCUCAGUCAUAAAUUUGUGUUUACCUGGUGAUGAGUUAGUAAAAUAUUUGAGGAAGUAAGUUAGCAUUAGUUCUAAUGUUUUAUAUUUAUUAAUAUUGGUGGGACUAAAUGUAAAUAACACCUAUUUUUAUUGACUUUUUUAUGGAACUAGCUAAUAACAUUUUAAAGAAUAUUAAAUCUUUUUUUUUGGGGGGGGGGGGGGAAAUAAACAAGUGGUGCUAAAAGCUACCAAAAGAACAUCUAUCUGAAAUGCCUUUUUGCAAGACUUCAGUUUGGACCAACUAGAAGCCUGCAACUGUCUUUUAGAAGUAGUUUUGACUGAAAAACAUAAAAACCAUACAACAGUUUUCUAGAAAGACUUUAGUUUAAAGAAAGUAGAAACCAUACAGCAGUCUUCUAGAAAGACUUUAGUUUAAAGAAAGUAGAAACCAUACAGCAGUCUUCUAGAAAGACUUUAGUUUAAAGAAAGUAGAAACCAUACAGCAGUCUUCUAGAACGACUUUAGUUUAAAGAAAGUAGAAACCAUACAGCAGUCUUCUAGAAAGACUUUAGUAGAAAC